AUGAGACUGCAUGACUUUGGUGUCGACGCUCACGACGUCACAAAAGCUUUGCACAAAUUGAAAGACAAGAUCGGCCAUCCGAGCGGUGCAAAAGAGGCCAGGUAUGUGCAAACCAAGAGCGAGAUCGCCUCCCGCAGGUCUGUCGUGCUCCUCCUCACCUAUGCAUUCAUGCUGUACGGAGCACCCUCGCAUCGCAUCGAAGAGUACGUCAUGUACCUAUUCAAAGUCUGUGGUCUCGAUGGUAGAGUCAAUUACAUGGUCGGCUGUACGGAGAUCUGCUUCAUCAAUGAACCAAACUCAGCAGACCCAACUAGCCGAUACUCUUACACCACACUUGUCAAAGCUCAAGGUCUUGAUGUCGGUAAAUUGCAUGGUGCCUUUCGCGCUUACAAGGACGUGAUACACGGUGAGAUUUCGAUCGAGGAGGCCGAGAAAAGGCUCGUCCAGUUGAUUGGGGCCCCGCCAUACUACAAGCCGUGGAUCCUGGUGCUGCUGUACGGCGUCGCGAGCGCCCUGGUCUGCGUGUGGGCCUUCAAGGGCUUCUGGACAGAUAUGGCUCCCGCAUUUGUCCUCGGAUCGGCUGUCGGCGUGCUGCAGAUCAUCGUCGUAUCUCGAAAUCCAUUGUACACGAAUGUCUUGGAAGUCACGGCCGCGGUGAUUACUUCUUUCGGCGCACGAGCCUUUGCCUCGAUCGGCGGAUCCAGCCAGAAGUACUUUUGCUUUGGGGCCAUUGCGGAAGGUUCAAUCGCCAUGCUUCUGCCCGGAUAUAUCGUCUUGUGUGGAGCUCUGGAGUUGCAAUCCAAGUCGGUGACGGCCGGGUCGACGAGACUGUUCUACGCCGUCAUUUACUCGUUGUUCCUGGGUUAUGGAAUUGAUGUCGGUUCACAGUUGUGGGCGCUCAUUUACCCGAAUGCGCCCACAUCAACAACUUGCCCCCGCGCAGUGGAUCCACAUUGGAAGAUCCUGCUGGUCCCUUGCUACCUGACUUUCCAGGCCAUGAUUCUCAGGAGUCGACCGAUCCAAAUUCCCUUGCAGGUGCUCUUCGGCUCCGCGGCGUACACGGUCAGCUACUUCGUCAGUCAACAUGCGACGGCGCAGAUUGCAGAUACUGCAUCUGCUUUCGUCCUGGGAGUCUUGGGACAUUUGUAUUCUCGGUCGCGGCACGGAUUUGCGUUUGCCUCCAUCAUUGCCGGCAUCAUGGUGUUGGUGCCUGGUGGUAUCUCCGCGCAGGGUGGUCUCGUCUCGGGCAUUGCGGUUCCGCUGUUCAGCAACAGUACGGUCGAUGCGCAGGAAAAGUACUCGCAGAAUCUCUAUCAGUCUUUUAGCGUGGGCGCUCAGAUGAUUCAGGUGGCUGUUGGACUGUCCGUCGGGCUGCUGCUCAGUGCCCUUUUUAUUUAUCCUCUUGGCCGGAAGAACAACGCCUUGUUUUCAUUCUGA